AUGCCGUACACUCCUCACAAGGCUUACGUCGUAGGCGUCGGCCUUACCAAGUUCGACAAGCCCCGCGGCGAGCGUGAUUACCCCGAACUCGGUCUGGAAGCCACGGUCAAGGUGAGUAGCGAUGCGCAGCAUGCAUGCUCUUGCACCCGCCUGACUGUCUUUGCAUUGCCAAUCAAAAUCGAACUGACCCGACAUCACCUCUACAGGCACUCAUCGAUGCCGGCAUCACCUACGAUGAUGUCGAGACUGCUGCUGUGGGGUACUGUUGUGAGUCUAUAUGACGGGUCCCAUGCAGCGUCCAUACUGUACGCUGAUUGUGACCACUCUCUUGCUACCAAGACGGCGACUCGACUUGCGGACAGCGUGCCUUGUAUCAACUUGGUAUGACCGGUAUUCCCAUCGUAAACGUCAACAACAACUGCUCCACUGGCUCUUCUGCCUUUGUCCUUGCUGCCAACAGCAUCAUGGCAGGUCAAGCCGACUGCGCACUGGCACUCGGUUUCGAGAAGAUGGCACCAGGCUCUCUCGGAUCCGCAUGGAACGAUCGAGCGCCUCCCAUGGAGGGCACCAUGUCUCAGGUGUUUGAAAUUGAAGCCGAAAAGGAGUACAAGACGGAUGACUUUGGACCUUUUGCUGCUCGCAUCUUCGGAGCUGCUGGUCAAGAGUACGUGGAAAAGUAUGGCGCCACUUGGGAUCACAUUGCUGCAAUCGCUGCCAAGAACCACAAGCACAGCGUCAAGAACCCCUAUGCGCAGUUUAGGGUCUCUCCGAGCCCACAAGAGGUAGCCAAGGCCCGCAAGAUCACGCGCGAGGUGACAUUGCCCAUGUGCUCCCCCACCUCUGAUGGAGGCGCCGCUGCAAUCGUCGUGAGCGAGGACUUUAUCAAGAAGCACAAUCUUCAAGACCGAGCAAUCGAGAUCGCCGGUCUGGGAGUGUCCACCGACUCUCCAAGACUCUACGAGGAUCGCUCUAGAAUCGAACUUGCCGGUGCUGACAUGAGCCGACGUGCGGCAACGAUUGCUUACAAGCAAGCCGGUCUGACCGCCAAGGACAUUCAGGUCUUGGAGCUGCACGACUGCUUUGCUCCCAACGAGCUCGUCACCUACCCUGCUUUGGGAUUGUGCGCCGAGAAUGAGGCUCACAAAAUUGUCGAGGCUGGCGACAACACUUUCGGUGGAAAGUGGGUCGUCAACCCUUCUGGAGGUUUGGAAUCCAAGGGUCACCCACUCGGCGCGACAGGUCUCGGCAUGGUGGCCUACAUGGCUUUGCAGCUGCGCGGCGAAGCGGGUGCGCUGCAGGUCGAAAACGUCAAGGCCGCAUUGACGCACAACAUCGGUCUCGGUGGCUCUUGCGUCGUUUCCAUCCUCAAGAAGGCCUCCUUCUACAAGGAUGGCGCUCACAACAAGGACCGGUUCGGAUACGACUUUGCCAACGAGUGCAGGCGCAUGACCGAGGAGGAGCUCGAAAAGGUCAAGAGCAAGCACUUCUCUGAUUACUUGCCCGCUUCUAUCCCCGAGCCGCAGACCUCCAAGCUGUAG